UGCAGGAGUGUGGCCUGAAAGUUUUAGCAACAGUUUGUGAUCAGGGAGCUACAAAUAGUAGCAUGAUUAAUGCGUUGAUUGAAGAUACACGAAUAAUGUAUUUGCGGCAAGGCGAAGUAUUAAAAAAUGAUAUAUUUGAAAUAAAUGGACAACAAAUAAUCCCCCUAUUUGACACACCUCAUUUAAUAAAGGGGAUCCGUAACAAUUUAAUGACAAAAAAUCUUAAAUGUCAAAUCGAUGAAAAAAUCAAAAUAGCUAAAUGGGAACAUAUAAUUAAAUUACAUCAAGAAAAUCCUGCGUACAAAGGCAUCAAACUUAUAAAAAAUCUGACAGAAGCCCAUGUUGAUCCAAAAAAACUUCGAAAAAUGAAAGUGAAGAUGGCUACUCAAGUUUUUAGCAAAACUGUUGGCACUAAUAUGGGAUAUCUGGCAGAUAAAGGAAUACUUCCAAUAGAAUGUAAAGAUACUGCAGACAUAUUAUUAUUUUUUGAUGAAUUAUUCGAUUCCCUAAAUGGGAGCUAUGACAAUUCUAAGAAAAGAUGUGGAAAAAUAUUAUUAAAAGCUGUAACACCUAAAUCGGAACACAGUAAGGUAUGGGCAAGGGCAAAAAAGGUUUUAAAAACAAUGAAGUUUGUUACAAAUCAAGGAAGGGAAGGUAGUGUGCCUUCUAUUACAAACUGGCUACGUACACUGAACAAUGUAGAACUAUUGAAAAAUCAAUUAAUUGACGAACACAAAAUUAAGUCUAUUUGGAUGCGACACUUUAACCAAGACCCACUAGAAAAUUUUUUUGGUUGCAUCCGUUCUCAUGGCUGCAGAAAUAUUUCACCAACAGCACUAGGCUUUGAGUCGGCAUUUACAAGCCUAUUGAUUAAUAACUUAAAUAGCAACCAUUCUGUUGGGUCGAACUGCCAGGAGGACAAAUGCAGAAUAUUUCAAUCAAUGAAAUCUCUUUUAAAUAAAGAAGAUGUAAAAGAAAAUAAUAUCACUGAAGUGGAUAUGUGUGAUAUAGAGUGCAAAAUAGAAGAUUUUCGAGAAAAAGCCUCAAACACAGUAAUAUUUAGUCAGCUUAGCUACGUAGCCGGUUAUAUACUCAAAAGAGCAAAAAAUAUAUAUAAAAAUUAUGUAUUCAGGAAGGCAUUCUACCUCAAGUGUGGAAAACAGCCAACGUUGUUCCCGUUUAUAAAAAUGGUAGCAAACACAGUGUAG